GAAAACACUUCCGUCAAUGGCGUCCAUGGAGGCGGGCGCUUUUGAGCUUUCAGCUGUAAACAUCGGUGAUCUUUAGACAGGUUAUUAAGCAACAAAAAAUAAUGUCGUUUGUUAGAGUGCGAAGAACCCAUUCGGCUACUGGUAUUCCUCGUAAGAAGAAACCAAUGCGAAGAAAACCUGUUUGGGAUGACACUGUUAAUGAUUUAACUACACUGAAAGCAACACCAGAAGAAAUAGAAUACAGAAAAGCAUCUCACCUGUCAAAACAUGCCCUGGCUACUCGACUUCAAAGACAGAAAGACCUCCAAAAGAAAAAGAAAAAAGCAGCAGAUUUGAGCAUUUCAAAUGCUGAAGCCAGACAGCUUGCCAUUAUGAAGGAAGUUCUGUAUGACCAACAACAGUUUCAAAGUGCGAUAGCAAAGUCAGAUAAGAUGAUGUCAUCGGUGAAAGAUAUGUUUGGUGACGACCCUAAGAGAUUUACUGGCUUUCCUAAUGUCACUGCAGCUCCAGACCCUGAUGGUAUAGACAGGACGGCUAGUCUGAUUGCAGACCAUCCGGACAUCAGAACACGUAUGGAGGCUCUUAGUCAGUCACUCAUGGAUGGCUCAGCACUCAAUGACUUUGAGACAGACUCAGAUGAUGAAGUAGUUGCUCCUGAUCCCAUUACCUACCAGCCUCAAAUGAACAUGGAGAGGUUUGAGAAGUACCUGGCCCACGAAGAGAAGAAUAAUACUCUGAGUACUAUCAGUGGUCAGGCCCAACUGAGUCAGCUGGCCCUGGGUCCUAUACAGAGUACACAGAUACAGGAUACAGCCAGUCUACACACCUCUUUAGGAACUGCAUGUGAAACUCCAAAAAGGAAUCUGAAUGAGUCUGUCUCAAUUCUUAAAACCCCAAGGUCUGCAAUCAAUGAUACAAAAAAGAUCAAGAAGACAAGAAAACGUGUGGCUCCUCCAAAAUCUCCACAACACAACACGUCAGCUUUCAACCUGACAGAUCUACGCAAGGUGUUGGAAAAUCUCCAGGAUGAGAUUGCAGAGUUUGAAAAACAGACAGGACGUCGAGCUCCAGCUGAAAAACACAGACAGGAAACAUUUUCUGGAUACACACUGUCUCUGGUUGAUUCGGUCACCAAACUCAGUCGAUAUCUCAAAGAGAAUGAUCUGCGACUGAAGGCGGAGACAAUAGUGAGAGAGCAGCUCAUGCAGGAUGUGUCCCAGUUAGCAGCCCUCAUAGACGCUCUAACGUCUGAUAUUAUUUUAACUCAAGAUGAAUCAGCCAAGUUGAAGAAUGAAUUUACAAAGUAUAAGUUGGAAACUCAAAGUGAAAUACAACACCUCAAGACUGUGCUACACAAGGCUGGUCUUAUAGAGGAGGAAGCUGUGUUGAGAACACCCCCUAGAAGAUCCCCACCCCAACCAUCUGUUACAGAGUCUGAUGAGGACACCAAACAGCCACAGGAGCUCUCAGCUAUCCCCAAUCACAUUCAGUCUGCUUCGGCAGCUGUUCUGUUAUCCCCACCAGUCAGGAAAUCUCACCUACAGAAGGACAAGGAUGAAGGCUCAUCAGAAAACCAGCCAAACACAGCAGAUUUUUUUCCUGUUGGUGGACUCAACUAUAUGCAUGGACCAAUCAGCAGUAACCCUAGUCGGGCCAGCUCUGUGGAUAGCCACUCAGAUCCCACCCAGCUGUCCAAUGGUCCCACCCUACACUCUACAACUGGUGUUAGAGUCACCAGACCAAACGUGCCUUAUUCUACACACCAAGGGCAAAGUGAGUCCCAGUCUGAUCCUACACAGCCUCAGCAGGUCCAAGGGGCGCCAUGGUAUCCACAGUCCCAAUUUUUACAGAGCCUUCCCCCAGGGAAUCCCACACAGUCUCUAGCAUCAAGUCAGGAGCAGUCAUUGACUGGCAGCUCAGUACAGGGCUAUAGCCUUGCACGUCCCUCAGCAUCAUAUCCAGGAAACCAAGGGGCCCAAGGCAUGCAGAGCAGACCCUACCUCACCAACACUGCUGCCAGGGUGUCUGUGCCUCGUCCCACCCCCCUGGUACAGACCAAUGUGGAAGUACCACUCCAGAAUAGUGUUAGGCCAUCAGGACAGUUACCAGAACACUCAACAAUACGACAAGGAAUGGUACAAUCACUGGGAGGUCCUGCAGGCAUCCAGUAUCCAAUGGGAGGCCAGAUUUCUCACAGUGGGCGUAUAGGUGGUCUAGGUUUGUACCCAAGUGUGUCCCAAAGUGGUAUUCUGGGAAGUUCAGGCCAGGAUCAGAGACAGCUUGCCCACACCAGUGGUCUCCCUGCUCCACCCUCAUACAACAGCAAGGAUGUACUUGCUGCCCAGAUCCUGGAGCUAAACAAGCAGCAUGAGGAGGCUCAGGUCCGUCUUCAGAUAUUGAUGCAACAGCAGCAGAAUCAGCACCAGGAACACCUAGACCAGCAUCAUACUUUACAGGAGACUGACAGUGAGCUCCGUGCCGCCAUGGUCCUUGCCCAACGCAACCCACAACAGCAUGGCCUUCCUUCCCACCCUGUUUCUCCUCCAAUUUCUCCAAUAUCUCAGAAGUCGGAUAAAUACCUCAAUCUCCAGGGCUUGACCCAACAGGAUAACCAUGGUUCUUCUAGAGGCAUUACUGUAUCUAUUCCCAGCAUGAGUUUGGAUUCAACGAAUGAGAGCAGUCCCUCGCCUAAGAGAGCAUAG